AUGUGUCAAUCGACGAACAUUCGUGCGGUGAUCUUCGACAUGGGUGGCGUGCUCAUUCCAUCUCCCGGACUCUUGUUCAAGGAUUAUGAAGCAGCAUACAACAUGCCAGCCGGUUCAUUAGUAAAGACAAUUGUAGCCUCAGGAGAUAAUGGUGCUUGGGCUCAGUUGGAGAGAGGAGAACUUAACAUAAGCUCCUUCGUUCACAUCUUUGAGAAAGAAUACUACAAAGAGGUUUACUUUGUUCAAUUGCUUCCCAAAAUGAUCCAAUACUUUUCAAAAGGAGAUCCCUAUCAGAAGAUGAUUGGUGCAAUUAAAUGUCUGAGAAAAAACAGCAUAAAAACAGCUUUGUUGACCAACAACUGCCUGCUUCCAGAUGAAACAACCUUCAUGCCUCUAGAUCAAUCACUAUUUGAUGUGGCAAUUGAAUCAGCAAAAGUAGGAAUGCGCAAGCCAGAAGAGCGUAUAUACACACAUACAUUGGAACAGCUGAAUGUGGCACCCCAACAAACUGUCUUCUUGGAUGAUUUGGUCCACAAUUUGAAAGCUGCCAGCUUACUUGGAAUACUGACUGUUAAAGUUGAAUCACCUAAGCAAGCAAUUGAAAGUUUGGAAAAGAUAAUAGGCUUCCCCCUUGAUGGCAGUGUAACAAAGGUUACUGAAUUACUUCAAAUUGACGUUGACAAGUUUGAAGAAUUUCUAAACAACCAGUUGCACAUCAAAGGGGCAGAAAAACCUACCUUAAUGUUGUUUGAACAUGGUCAGUCUAACCCUACCUACCUGGUGAAAUAUGCUGAUCAAAAGUUUGUGCUCAGAAAAAAACCUCCAGGUAAAUUACUUGCUUCAGCUCAUGCAAUUGACAGAGAGUACCUUGUUAUGAGGGCACUAAGUCAACACACCACUAUUCCUCUGCCUCAAGUUUUCUGCUACUGUGAGGAUGAAAGUGUGCUAGGAACCUCUUUCUACGUGAUGCAAUAUUUGGAUGGGAUAAUUUUUAAAGAUUGCACACUGCCUGGAGUGCCUGCAGAUAUGAAAAGGAAAGUGAUAAACCAGAUGUGUGAUGUCCUCAGUCAGUUGCACAAAGUUGAUCUGCAGGCUGUUGGACUGCAAAAUUUUGGACCUAAGGGUUCCUACAUCUCAAGAAAUAUUAGUAGAUGGCUGAAACAAUACAAGUUCAGUUUAACAAUGUCAUCAGAUGGAACUACUGCAAUAGAUGAAUUGAACCACAUGUCUGAUAUUGCGCAGUGGCUGCAGAGUAGAAUUCCCACUGAUGAGAAGACGUCUCUUGUUCAUGGAGACUUUAGAUUGGAUAACCUGAUAUUUAAUCGAACAACAUAUGAUCUGAUAGGAUUAAUUGAUUGGGAGAUGUCAACGUUGGGUGAUCCACUGACUGAUCUUGCCAACAGUUGCCUCAUGUACGUGCUGCCUGAAAACCAACUUGCUCCAUCCUUAAAUUUACUGAGUGAAGAUCAGCUGCAGAGAGAAGGCAUCCCCACACUGAAGGAGUACACGAAAAGGUACUUCUCAAACUUAGGCCAGCAACCUCCAUCCAAUUGGGACUUCUACCUGGUCUUCAUCUACUUUCGUUUGGCUGCUAUCUUACAAGGGGUGCAUAAAAGGUUCUUGCAAGGUCAGUCAAGUUCAACAAAUGCCCACCUGGCACGUGCACUUGCAGAAGAGUUGUGUCGCAAGGGCUACCAACUCAUUCAACGGAGCGAACUCACUUCUUCUUCUUCUUCGGCCUCUGUAGACUUCAUUCUUUCAGAUGUUAAAAAUUCUUCAGCAAAUGCGAAGAAUGAUGUUAUUGCACCAAUGCAUGUGAGUCUGCAGUCUCUACCGGAAAAUGUUCGGCAACUUCAUAUGGAGGUGCAUGCAUUCAUCGAAAAGCGCAUCCUUCCAAUCGAGCGUUCAUUGUAUGAAUGGCACUCCGAUCCUAAAACAAAGUGGACCAUUCACCCAAUGAUUGAAGAAUUGAAGUUAGCUGCAAAAAGUCAGGGCUUAUGGAAUUUGUUCAUACCAAAAGAGUUAGACCAUGAAGCGAAAUAUGGCAAAGGAUUGACAAAUGUUGAGUAUGCCUUCUUAGCUGAAGAAAUGGGAUGGUCCAUGUUUGCGCCUGAGGUGUUCAACUGUUCAGCUCCAGACACAGGCAACAUGGAAGUUCUUCUGAGAUAUGGAGAUGAUGAGCAGAAGCAGAAGUGGUUACUUCCAUUGUUGAAUGGUUCCAUCAGGUCUUGCUUCGCCAUGACUGAACCAGCUGUAGCAUCAUCUGACGCAACCAACAUAGAAUCAUCAAUUGAACGAGUUGGCCAUGAAUAUGUUAUCAAUGGUCACAAAUGGUGGACAUCAGGAGCAUUGGAUCCUCGCUGUAAGGUUAUCAUCUUCAUGGGCAAAACGAACAAACACGAAGCAACUCACAAGCAGCAGAGUAUGGUACUGGUUCCCGUGGAAACCAAAGGAAUUAGCGUUGUUAGGCCGCUCAAUGUUUUUGGAUUCGAUGACGCUCCACAUGGCCAUGCUGAAGUUACCUUCACAGACGUUAGAGUACCCCUCACUAACGUGAUCCUGGGAGAAGGAAGUGGAUUUGAAAUUGCUCAGGGCAGACUGGGCCCAGGCAGGAUACAUCACUGCAUGAGGAUACUGGGAGCUGCAGAAAGAUGCCUCCAACUGGCUGUCAUCAGGGCUCAGGAAAGAGUUGCAUUUGGAGAGCCACUGAUAGAGCAGGGAAGCAUCCAGCAAGACAUCGCACGAUCCCGAAUUGACAUUGAGCGAGGAAGAUUGUUGGUGUUGAAGGCUGCGCACAUGAUGGAUUGCGUUGGAAACAAGAAGGCUGCUCUCGAAAUAGCAAUGAUCAAAGCUCAUAUACCUAGGAUGGGGUGUCAAAUAUUUGGAGGAAAAGGUGUGUGCCAAGACGUUGUUCUAUCUCACAUGUAUGCUUUCACAAGAUCUUUGUGCCUUGCUGACGGUCCCGAUGAGGUGCACCUAAGAACCAUUGCCAAGUUGGAACGCAAGAAACAUUCGAAACUAUAA